UAAACAAAUUUUCUUAUACAUAUUAAUAACAACAGAAUGAAAAUGGAAGCCAGCUGUAAUAACAAUCGUCAAAUCUGUGGAAAUAUAUUUAUAAAUAUAAAAACAAUUAAAAAUGAUAAUAAAGAUUUUACAUUUCAUUGCGCUUUUUGCAAUGCGGACUGCGACCAAUUACAACAUUUUUCUGAACACCUUGAAGAACAUUUGCAUUAUUUUGAAGAACAUGAGAAGAGUCCAAAUUUUCAAUUUGAACCAGAAGAAAUUAAACAACGAAUUACUAUGCAAGUAUUUGAUGAUGCCUAUAAUAAAAAUAUAAAUACUGCCACAAGCUCGGAGGUUUAUGAAGAUCCUUUAGAGACAGGAAAAACAGAAAACAUGUGUGGUAUAGAGGAAUUUGUUCCAGUAAAAGUUAAAAAUGAAUGUGAAGAUAGUGACAAUGAAGAAGAGGAGGAAGAAGAUGAAGAAGAUUGUGAUAAUAUCAGUAAUAUCGUGUCACAGGAUAAUGAAACAAAUUAUAUUCAUGAAGCAGAUGUGAUUAUUGAUGAGUCUCCUGAAUAUUCUAACAAACUAUAUUCUUACAUAUUUAAGGACCUUAGUUCCGAUGAAUUAUCUGUAGAUUCAAAUGAUGAAGCCUAUAAUAAUAGUAUUAAUACUGAUCAAUUGAAGGCGGAAGAAGAUAUGUGUGCUAAAGAGGAAUUUGUUCCAAUAGCUAUUAAAAAUGAAAGUGAAGUAAGUGCCUAUGAAGAAGAAAGUUAUGAUGAUAAUAAAAUGGCACAGGAAAACGGUUCAAAUUAUUUGCAAGGGGAAGACAUAAUUAUUGAGGAAUCCGUUGAAAAUUCAGACAAACUAUAUGCUUACAUAUUUAAGGACCUUAGUUGCGAUGAACAUUCUGAUGAUUCAAACCAUGGAUAUUUCAAUUCAAAACAUGAUGUAAACACAUCCUCUAACAAUUUAAAGAGACGUGGAAGGACGAUUUUUAUAAGAAUUUUGCCAAGUUUAAUACAGUUAUAUAAAAAGUAUGAACUUCUAUGGCAAGUAGAUAAUAUCGCAUUCGGUAUAAAAGAAAAAAUAAAUGAUGUUUAUGUCCAAAUAUUUGAAGAGUUAAAAUUAAUGCACGAUGUAAAUAUCACAUUAGAAGAUAUAAGCUAUCAUAUAAACUAUAUAAACGAUUUAUACUCUAAAGAUAAAAAUAAUGAAUUAACGUGCAAAAUGGAAGAAAAGCUAUUUGUACCAGAAUAUGAGUACUAUGCAGAAUUGUCAUUUCUCAAUAAUAGUCAAGGUCCAUUUUUAUGUAUGAUUUGCAAUAAAACACUGUUAAAAUAUGAUUCCUAUUGUCAACAUAUGGCACAACACAGUGGAACACAGCCAUUUAGAUGUCCAUCUUGUGAAGUGACAUUUAAAUGUUAUCAUACAUUCCUUACACACAAGAAACGUCAUUUGGGUAUAUAUAAUUUUCACUGUGAUGUAUGCGGAAAGGGCUAUUCGUUAAAAACUGACUUAGAAUGGCAUAAAACUUCACAUACCGGUGAUAAACCUUAUUUAUGUCAAAUAUGUGGUAGAGGAUUUAGGGCACGUCAUGGCUAUGUAAAUCAUAUAAGGCGUCAUGAGCAACGCUUUAGGUACGAGUGUCACAUAUGUAAAAGAGGAUUCAAUCUAUUACAUGCUCUUAACAGUCAUGUCAAAUCUCAUCUCAAUAUACGUGACAUAAUAUGCGAAAUUUGUGGCAAAGGUUUUGUACAUAAACAAUCUUUACGGAAACACGAACUUAUACAUGGCGAUGUGAAAAAAUAUAAGUGCAAUGAAUGUGGAAAAGCAUUUUUCCAGGCGUGUGGCUUACGAUCCCAUAGAAAAAAACAUCAUUCUUAAAUUAUGUGUAAAUAAUUUUUAUGCAAAAAAGUUUGAAAAUAAAACUUUUAACCUAUUUAUUAAAAUAUCAUAAAAACAUAAACUUCCUUAUUAAAUUUGUUCUUUUUUUAGUUUUUAAGUUUUAUUUAUAAAUUAUUGAUGUCACAUACAGCAUAUAUUAAUGAUUGCAAUAAAAAGGUUAAUUAAAAAUUUUCAGCAA